GCGACGGCGACGCCGACGCCGUCGGCGUCUGCGUGUAUCGUCGCCAAUCUCCCUCGAGCGAGCGUUUUUCGCGAUUCUUUUCGCCCCGAGUCUAUCCCACCCCGAGACGAGUUGAGACGGUGGGGGCGUCCAGAGGGUGCAGCCGUCGGUAUCGGGACUCUGCCUCGUCAGUUUAGUUACCGCACCACAUAAAGGCAUUGCGUUGUAGACACCGUUAUACCCGCAACAUUCUUACUAUUUGCUUGCAUAUCUCCUAAUUUCUGACCCUUCAAUUCGGCAUAAAAAAAAAGAAAGAGAAAUACAUUCGGUUCGGUAUCGUUCGUCAUCAUAAAAAGAACAGCCGUUGUCGUCUUUAUUGUCGUCGUCCUCUAACGUUCAGUUUGUUGCUGCUGCUUUGUCCCGUCCACGUGUCGAUCGAGCGACAUUGUCGUUCGCCCAUCGCCGUUCGGGUGACCCUGUCACGAGAAAACUCGAAACUCGCGCGGAGAGAACGUAGAAGAGCGAAAAAGGUGGAUCUCGCGAAUAUCGCGUGGGAAGAUAAGUUUACCGGACGGAAUCGGCCAUAAACAUAAAGCAGAGGAACGACCCUUCCGUUUUCUUCCAAUCUUAUGAUUUUUUUCUUUCAUCCCUGAUCCUACGUUCUACCUUCGACUCGUACGCCUGAUUCAUCUUAUCCCAGGAACGUUUUCGUGCUGUCCCGAUCAUUUACCCUCCCUCUGAUCGAACUUAACGCAUCGCAAUACUAAUCCGAAGACGCGAAUCGCGACGCGUAAGAUGGUGCGUCAUCUUCUCACGUAACGCGAGAGCGAGAUAGGAAACGAGAUCACAGCGAGCGAGAGUUGAGCGCGUUAACGAGUAACCAGUAGCGUGAUCAACAAGAUCGUCAGCUGGAAGAUCCUUUAAUCGGCGGAAGAGGCACCAGCAAAGAUAAAAACGAAAAAGAGAGAGAAAGAGAAAGAGUUAGAGAAAGAAAGGGACAAAUAAAAGUGUGUCCUGCUGGUCGGGGGUGGGAGUGAAAGAAAAAGAGAGACACUGGGUGUGUUCACCGCGCGCGAGAUUUGUUUAUCUCCUGUCGCGAGUUAUAGUGUUCACAAAUCAAGUGUUCACAAAUAAUCCGGCAUCUCAAUUUCUCGUUUUCGAUGGAAUUUAAUGCCGGGAUCUCGUGUUCGAUGAUCGAAAACCGGCCUCCACGUUGAUCGCGCGAUCGUCGGUUCGGGCGUUUCAAGUCGCGUCGUAAAGUUUGUUGAGAAAUUUGUUGAAAGAGAUUAAAAAAAGAGAGAGAGAGAGAAAACUAGUACAAAGAUACGCAGCCACGAAACACGUACGAUAUAUCGCGUAAUAGAGAAAAAUAAAAGUAAUUAGGUAGAACCCAUCGCCGUUCCGUUCUGCGCCCAGAUAUCGGCAUCCUCCAACCACUGAUUUUCAUCGUUAACCGUGGUGCGAGAGCAGUAGCGUGAUAACAGUGCACAUUAGCGGAGGUGUGAAACGAAGAAGGGAGCCGGCGGCUCGCUCUAGAGCUAACCGCCCGCGCACGGUGCUCGGUUUCGCGUGCGACACAACAGACGGGAGAGGGGAAACGAGGUGACAGGUAUCCCACACCGGCGAAAAGAGGAAGGAAAGGAGAAGGGAGAAAAGAGAGAUAAUAAAAAAUAUCAGAUUUCGUACAUAGUUAAGGACGACUCGUUAGAGGAUUGCAAUGAUGGCGAACGGAAUGGACACAGUCGUACAACAAAACGGAGGAUCGACCCUCGGACAGACCUCGCAGGAAGAGUCGAAAACGAACCUCAUAGUAAACUACUUGCCGCAGAGCAUGACACAGGAUGAGAUUCGUUCUCUGUUCUCCAGUAUAGGCGAGGUCGAGAGCUGCAAGCUAAUCCGUGAUAAGCUCAGCGGUCAGAGUUUGGGUUACGGUUUCGUCAACUAUCACCGGCCUGAAGAUGCCGAAAAGGCUAUAAACACGCUCAAUGGUCUUCGUUUACAGAACAAAACCAUUAAGGUGUCGUACGCGAGACCGAGCAGCGAGGCGAUCAAAGGCGCGAAUCUGUACGUCAGCGGCUUGCCGAAAAAUAUGGCGCAGCAAGAUCUGGAGAAUCUCUUCAGUCCUUACGGCAGAAUUAUCACGUCGCGGAUACUGUGCGACAACAUCACCGUACGACAGUUUGUGACCGGCGGCGGAGACAAUUUGCCCGGCCUGUCGAAGGGCGUCGGCUUCAUAAGGUUCGACCAGCGCGUCGAGGCCGAGCGGGCGAUCCAAGAGCUGAACGGCACCAUCCCGAAGGGCUCGUCGGAGCCGAUCACCGUCAAAUUCGCCAACAAUCCCAGCAACAACAACAAGGCGAUACCGCCGUUGGCCGCUUAUCUCGCCCCACAAGCCACGCGGCGCUUCGGCGGGCCAAUCCACCAUCCGACCGGCCGCUUCAGGUACAUUCCACUGUCGCCACUAUCCAGCACUGGCAAGGCCAUGCUUGCCAUUAACAAAGGCUUACAGAGUAGGUACAGUCCUCUGGCGGGUGACCUUCUCGCGAACUCGAUGCUACCCGGUAACACGAUGAACGGCGCCGGCUGGUGCAUCUUCGUGUACAAUCUCGCACCCGAGACCGAGGAGAACGUGCUCUGGCAGCUGUUCGGGCCGUUCGGCGCCGUCCAAUCGGUCAAGGUCAUCCGCGAUCUGCAGACGAACAAGUGCAAGGGCUUCGGGUUCGUGACGAUGACCAAUUACGAGGAGGCGGUGGUAGCCAUACAGAGCCUGAACGGCUACACUCUGGGUAACCGCGUGCUCCAGGUCAGCUUCAAGACGAACAAGAGCAAGGCGGCGUAGGACGAGCAACAAGCGGCAGCAGCGGCGGCGGUGGCUGCGGCUGCGGCCGC